UUUCUAUUUUUCUAAAUUUCUUAUUAUAGUUUUAUUUUAAGUUUUCUAACAUUUCAAAAAUGGUUUUAUUUUUAAUCUAAAAAUGUAAAAUUUCUUCAGUAAUUAUAAUUUUAUUUACAUAUUUUAGAUAACAUUAUACAGAAGGCACUGUAUAGUAAUUAAUUUGUGUAUAAGAUAUGCAUGCAUUUUUUUAUUAUAUUGUUGUUGUUAUUAAUAUAUGUAUAUUUCUUUACAUUUUAUAUACUAUAUUAAUACGUUUUUUUAACUAUUGUAUAUUAUUCUUGUGUUUGGUAGAUUAUACUUCCUUUAUUGACUUAGUUUUAUUAUGAUUCCCAUUUCCAAUUUAUUCAACAUUAAUUCUUAUCAAUAAAGAAUAUGUGUGUACAAAGGGGAAUGCAUAGAUUAUACUUCGUGAAAUGAUAAACAUUAUAUAUUAUAUUUUAAUUUAUAAUAAGAAAGUAAUAAAAUAGUCAAUUUAAAUGCUCAUGCCAAUUUAAUUAAUUAUGUGAAAAGUGAAUAAAAUGUCUGGAUAUAUCCCAUGACAUAAUAUAUUCUGAAUUUUAUAUGUAUUAUCCUUUCCUUUUAAUUUACUUAUAAUAGUAAAAAUCUACAAAGGAAAAGUAUGUUUUUGCUGAUUGGACAUAGUUAUUUCAACUAUUUUAUUUACAUUUAUUUUUUAGGAUUAUUUGUGUAAUAAAUUAUUUUUUAUGUAAUUUAUAAUAUAAAAACAUGUAGUAUUAUUGAAUUAUUAUAAUUAUAUGUUACAAGAAAUAAAAUAAAUUUUUUUCUAUACUUUAUUCAAAAGUAUUCAGAAUUGCUUAAUUUUAUAAGGACAUUAAAAGAAUUGAUAAUAUUUUGUUUAAAUACUGUCUGGAUACAAUGCAAUCGUAAUAUUAAGCACAUUUAAAAAAUUUUUUUGUAUUAUGUUUCAUAAUACCCAUUCCUACACUAUUUUAUGUACACAUUAAUGCUUACAAUGAAAUAAACACCUUUAGGAACAUAUGUUUCAUUAAUAAAUUAAUUAACAAAUCUUUCUUUUAUUUUUAAAUUCGGCAAAAAUUUUAUAUUCGUUACAAAAAAAGACUCUCAGAUUUAAUUAAAGAUAUACAUCUUUCUUUAACUUUGUAGGUAUACCAAAUGUAUUUAUAUAAUAUACGAGUAUAAAUAUGAAUAUACCAAAAUAUUUGUGAUUUCUUUAUAUUUAUAAUAUUCACACUUCCAAUAAAUCUGGAAAAAUAAUUUAAUGUCAAUAUUAAACAGGAUUCCUUUGUAGAUAUGCUUUCAUUACAACAUCUGUUUGAAGAUUGGCUAUGUCUAUAUACUCCGUAUUCUUGCAUCCAACCAUGGGACAUCUACACAAAAUUUUUUAAUUUGUACAAAGCUCAAAAUAGAUGUGUGUGUGUGUGUGUAAACAAAGUAUGAAAAGAUUCAUUUUUUCUACCACUUCUAAACCAUUAAAUCCUUCAUUGUUAUAUUUUGUAUGCAGUACUUGCCUUGUUUUCCUAUUUACUUUUAACAAAGCCAUGAUAGUUUCACGAUCAUAAGUAUGUCCACAUAUAAUAUUUUUCAUUGGAUCCUUUAUCCUCAUUUUUGAAAUAGGAUCUAUUAUAUUUAUGGAACCUGACAAUUGUAAUUCUUCAUCAUUGUUGCUUUUUUCAGAAUCCUGAUUUUUGUUUAUAUCUGCUCACGGUAAAACCAUAAAAUAUUAAAAAUAAUGUUUAUAAUGUCAUUUCUUUGUUUUACAUUAUUUGCUUACCGCUCAAUAAUGCUUCCAAUUGUCUAUCAAAUUCCAAUAGUCUUUCAUUCGUGGAUACAUUAAUAUUCAUUUUAGAUAUAGCUUUCUCAUAAUCCUAGUAUUAUACAAAAUAAUUUUUCAACUGUAUUAUAUACUUUAAAUUUAAUAUAUAAUAUUUUACCUUGAUAAUUUUCUGUAUACUUUUCUCUGUAAUUUUACUAUCAUUAUACUGAUUUAAGAUAUCUUCCUUUAUUUCUUGAAUCAUACUUAAUUUAAUAUCUAUUUCACAGUUCUUUUGUACCACAUCUUUCAAAUCAUCAAUUAUCUUCUCUCUAUCUUCUGCAAAUUUUUAACCUAUAUAUACUAAUAAAUUAUAUAAAUUAAGACAAAGCUUAAAAAAAUAUAAUAACUUACGAAAAUAUAAAACUAUAUUUGUAGCAGUUUUUAUAUAACACUCGUACAAUUCUUCUGCUACUUCUUUCGAUUGAGUCAUUUUCUUUAUUACAAUUCUAUGACAUAUUUUUUUAAUUCAGAUAGAAAUAGAAAUAUGUAAACAUGAUUAAAAGUUUACUUUUGCGCCAUCUAGACUUCAUAAUGAAAGGGAGGGGGUAUCCUCGCCAAAGAAUUACUAUGCUGCAAGACGAUAUUUAUGUUCAUUUGGUAGAUGUAUUUAUGGCGCGAAAUACUGUGGAAAAUGAGUAAAAAAUUGAAAUUAACAGCUUUGUCGACGUCGAGAUCUUUGAGAUCUAGUCAACGAAUUAAUGAUGUAGCGUUUUCAAAAGAAUCCCCUUAUUUUGAUCAGAAAAAUGAUCAUACGUCUAUGGUAGAUCAUGUCAAAAACAAUAACUCAAUGGAAAUUCAAAAUAAAACUGAUGAUGAAAUUGUGUCGGAAGCGAUUAAUGAAUCUAAAAAAUCAAAGAGCAGAAGAGUUACCAAGAAACGAAGUGUACCGCUAAAAAUAGAAUAUGAAGAAUUAAAUGAAAUUGAACGAAAGGGUGAAAGUGAUAAAGAAUUUCUUAUGCCAAAAAUAAAUAAAGAAAAGGAUGAAAAACUUGAAAAAGUAGAAAAUACAUCUGGUUGGAUACCAUCCAAUUGGAAACGUAUGUUAGAAAAUAUACAAGAAAUGCGAAAAUAUAAAACUGCACCAGUAGAUGAGAUGGGCUGUCAUAAAUGUCCGGAUCCAAAUGCUACUGAUUCAAUUUUUAGAUAUCAAUGUUUGUUAGCAUUGAUGUUAAGCAGUCAAACUAAAGAUCAAAUAACACAUGCAGCUAUGAAACGUUUAAUUUCUUAUGGUUGUAUACCAAGUAUUAUAAUAGCUACACCUAAUGAUGUCCUUGUAAAACUUAUACAACCAGUUGGAUUUGCAAACAGAAAAGCUGAAUACAUCAAAAGAACUUCUGUUAUUUUAAUGGAUAAAUAUAACGGUGAUAUUCCAAAGACUAUAAAAGAAUUGUGCGAGUUACCUGGAGUAGGACCAAAGAUGGCACACAUUUGUAUGCAAAUAGCAUGGGGAGAAAUAAGUGGUAUCGGUGUAGAUACACAUGUACAUCGUAUUUGUAAUAGACUUAAUUGGGUAAAAAAACCAACAAAAACACCGGAAGAAACUAGAAAAGAACUAGAAGAAUGGUUGCCUAAAGAUCUUUGGAAUGAAAUAAAUCAUCUCCUUGUUGGGUUUGGACAAGAGAUUUGUUUACCUCGUUUUCCUAAGUGUAAAGAAUGUCUUAAUAAAGAUAUCUGCCCUUCUGUUGGAAAAAAAUAAAGUAGAAGUAAAUUAAAAGUA